UGCAAUUUGAAUUUGGUUAUUCCGCUUUUUCAUCACAUUUCAGCAGUGUGAUGCUGCGGACCGAGUUGAAUAUGGCGCGCACUACUUUCAAACUAGCUAUAGUGGAGGUUUUGGAUGAUCUGAAUGAAGAGGAUUAUCUGAGGUUUUGUGACCAGCUGAGGGACCGUAGAGAGAAGCCGCGGGUCAGCCGCAACAACGUGGAGGGGAAGAGACGAUGGGAGGUUGCGGGCGUCCUGGUUUCAACCUUCACAGGGUGCAAAGCUGUGCAGGUGACUCUGGAUUUACUGAGGCAGCUCAACCUCAACGAGGAGGCAGAGGAACUGGAUUUAAAGACUCAAGCCUGUGCUGAUAAAGGUGACCCCACCCUCUGUAAAACAUUAAUGAGAGAGUUGGAGCUGAAGCCCUCACAGGAGGCUCUGAAAGCUGCGCCGUUCCAUUAUCCGCUACAGGCUGCUCGACGGGGAGGCCCUCAGGUGACGAGGCAAAAAGAGGUGGAGGCUGCAGCAAAGACUCCAAAUCUCUGUAAGGGCGGCGACCCCUGCGAUGACCGGGUUCUUCUUAGCAGGUGUAUGGUUCUGUUCGGCAAGUAUAAAGGUCGAACCUUUAAAUGGCUGCUAGAGAAUGAUGUGAGCUACGUUGCCUACGUGAUGGCCGGCCACCAGGCGCAGAAAAAGUUCACUGUGAAGGAAGACCCGCUGACGGCCAACAAGGUACGACACACUGAAAUCUGUGAUCUACUAAAGAGUUCAUUUCAGUAAUCUUUUCAACUUACAAGGCCUUGUCUUUCAAACCAAUACGUUUGACUAGUGAAAGGAAUCAGGAUGAGAUUUGUCUAAGGAAAUCAUAACCUAAAAAAAAUGAAGGGUAACACUUUGUCCACAUGGGGGUGCCAAAAUGUACGCAUAGAGAAAGUUCCUCACAGGAGCUUUGUGUUUUUUGUAAAAGUGUGCAGUCUUCUAUACCAUUACAUUAUCUUACAUGUCUCCCCUGAUGCUAAGAUACAGACUGUGUUUUUCUUCUCUAGGAUCAUUGUCAUUUAUACACAUCUGUUGAAAAGUAUAGCUUGAAAAAAUAACAGAGCUCUUAUUAGGACAUUCUGUAUGUUUCUCAACGUCUUAUUGACAUUUGUUUUAUUUUAAUGAAGACCUUGUUUGUUGACAUGAAGCUUGCCAAAUCUUAGUGUGUGGACAACCUCUACUUUCUGUUUGUUUGUUUGUUUUCAUCCUGCACCCUGCCCAACCUGGGGUCGAAUGUGAACACUUUUCACCCUUUAUGUGCUUUCAGCUGCUUAAUUAAUGUUGAUAAAUGGGUCAGCUGGACUAAACCAUGCUGUUGAAAUUAUUAAUAUUAUGAUCCUCAGGUUUCAGUGCAUAAUU